GUAGCAAUAGAUGUGGUUCAAACAAGCACACCUCGGACCAUCUUUCUGGAAUUUGGACACACUCCUCCAAACGGGAUGCGAGCCGAUUCUCCAUAUCUCACAGGUUCCACUGGGGUUGUUCCAGGAUUGCGCCUUAAUUUCCUCCAGCUGGUCUCUCAAAACAUACCUCGGGCUGUCCUUGAUAAAUACUAAGCGCGUUCGUCAGCCUUGAGCACCGACAACUGCCAGUCAAUCUUCUGUGUCAAUACGCUCGGGGUUGCCAAGAUGAUGCUGUCAAUCCUGCCGGCUAUUCUGCUCGGCUAUUCAACCGCCAACGCCGCCCUCACCUACAAAGGUGUGGACUGGUCUUCGGUGACGGUUGAGGAGAGGGCUGGUGUCUCGUACAAGAAUGUGAACGGAAAUGCCCAGCCAUUGGAGAAGAUCCUUGUCGAAAACGGCGUCAACACGGUACGGCAGCGCGUCUGGGUCAAUCCAAGGGACGGCAACUACAACCUAGACUACAACAUCGCGCUUGCGAGAAGAGCAAAGGCUGUCGGCCUGGGCGUGUACAUCGACUUCCACUACAGUGAUACUUGGGCGGACCCUGCCCAUCAAACCAUUCCGUCAGGAUGGCCGACUGAUAUCGACAACCUGUCGUGGAAGCUGUACAACUACACCCUAGACGCCGCAAAUCGGUUUCAGGAUGCCGGCGUUCAGCCGACGAUAAUGUCCAUCGGAAACGAAAUAACCCCCGGCUUGCUGUGGCCGACGGGUCGGACCAACAACUGGGGCAACAUUGCGCGGUUGCUACGCUCUGCUGCCUGGGGGAUCAAAGACUCGAGGCUCAGCCCGAAGCCCAAGAUCAUGAUCCAUCUCGACAAUGGAUGGAAUUGGGGAACCCAGAACAACUGGUACACAAAUGUCCUGAAGCAGGGGACAUUUGAACUGUCAGACUUUGACAUGAUGGGCGUUUCGUUCUACCCAUUCUAUUCGGAAUCGGCCACCCUAGCGUCGCUGAAAACCAGCUUGAACAACAUGGUCAACACAUGGGGCAAGGAAGUGGCCGUCGUCGAGACAAACUGGCCAACAUCUUGCCCCAACCCACGAUACACCUUUCCCUCGGACGUUCGGAACAUACCUUUCUCAGUUGCAGGGCAGGUGACGUACGUCACAAACGUGGCCAACGUGGUCGCCUCGGUGAAUCGCGGAGUAGGCUUGUUUUACUGGGAGCCGGCUUGGAUUCACAACGCGGGUUUGGGCUCGUCGUGCUACGACAACACCAUGUUCUCUCAGUCGGGCCAGGCCCUGUCGAGCUUGUCGGUAUUCAAGAACAUUUAGAACCAGUGUAAUGUUGAAUGAUUGAGAAUAUCCGACGUCCGCAGCAGCAUGAUAUGCCUCAAAUAUAAUGACGGAAAGUAGACCGUAGAACCACAGGUCGGCGUAGUGGGAAAGCGGUGUGAUCAAUAUACUC